AUCAUGGGGUCCCAUAAUAAGCCACAGUUUGUGAAAGUGCUUCUACCAGAGUUCUUGGAAAAGCUGCCGAUUCCUGAUGCAAUUGCGCAGCUCCUCAUGCAUCAGCACAAUGGAACUGCAACUCUGUUCAGCCCUCUCGGCAAAUUUUGGCACAUUGCCCUAGAGAAAGAUGCAGAUGACAAUACGCACUUCAGCAACGGUUGGCGAGAGUUCUCGCGAGCCCACGAUUUUACCGCGGGCGACUUCCUCUUGUUUCGCUACGAGGGAAACAUGGUCUUCAAGGUCAAGGUGUUCGACGUAACUGGAUGUCGCAAACAGUAUGAUAGAGCAAUCUCAGAAAAAAGAUCAUUCGGCGCAAAAGAUGAGAUCCUCGAAGAUGUUUGCGACGGUAUGUGUAACUCAGAUGAUUGGCAGAAUCUCUCGACAGGUCGCAGAAAGAGAGGGAAACCGACAGCACCGAAAGAACAGCUGCAGACUCCGCCAGGUUUUCUGGCGACGGAUAAAUCAGCGACGAAGAACAACCGUGCGAGAACCGUACCUCAUUUUGAGAAGAUCAUUAGACCUUACAACUUCUCCUGCGGUCACAUGAACUACUUGAUGUAGAGCGUGCCGAGGAAGUUUUGCGCG